GCCCUCCUGUGACGAGUGCGGGAAUGAAAAUCAAGAUGGCAGCCUCCAUGUUCGUUGUUUUUCUCGCCGUUUUCGUCCUUCAUUUGUCCCGAUAUUUCAUCCCAAGCAUAGUAAAACAAGUUACAAAAAUCCUAUUUCAAGACAGUCAAGUGGAAGGAAGCUUAAAGAUCAAGAUAAAGAAACUGGGAGAUGAGCAGUCAGAACUCAAUGUGAAAGAGGAAUUCCCAAAGUUUGCAAGGAUUGACCGAAAAAUCAACAAGCUAAAAGAUGAACUCAAGAAAAUAAGGCAAAGCAAAACUGCCAAGUCAUUCACUGUCAGUUGGGGUCUGACGCUAGCUUUGAAUUCAGUACAGACAUGUUGCUUUAUCUUCCUCAUCUGGAGAUAUCGCCACGAACCCAUGCUGAUCCUGAAUGAGGAAUGGUUGUGGCCCCUGUCUUGGUUCAUUGCUUUCCCUAGCGCUGUUCCUGGUGCUGUGGGAAUCACAUGCUGGAUUCUUCUCUGCAAUAACAUUUUGAAGAGAGGACAAGUAAUGAUUACUGCUGCAUGGGCACCGGAAAAUCAAGAAACGUGACAAGGAAUAAUGUAGGUCAGUUUAGUUGUAAUGCUACCCAGUUAAUACAACGUACACUUUACAAUUUCAGGUUGAAGAGUUGUUGCAUUGAUGAGACAUGACACUUUAACAUGCUGCUCUGAUUUUAAUAAGAUAAUUUUUUCCUCACUGUCGAGGAACCUCAUUGUCAAGUAGGAUUGAAAUAUUCCUGAAGUUUUGGCAUAUUUUUUAACUGCAUUGUUAAUGAGAUCCCAGUGCUCUUCUUCUCCAUUACAUCAUCUCGUUGUGAAGUGUCAUUUUAAAAUUCCUCAAUAUAUAUUCACUUCGUUAGAAUCUUUAAAAUUGAAAUACAUGUAGAAUCCACACAGUUAUUGCUAAUUACUUAUUCUGUAUAAUAUAUGAAUGUAAAUAAUGUGCAUGUACAUGUAUUCUUGUUUUCACAUCAAAGUUACCAAACGGCAUUGGCAUGAUGUUAAAAAAGAGAUUAACAUCAACGAUGCAGAAUUAAUGUUUGCAUAGAUAUUGAAUUAAUUAUUUUGCAGUUUUGAUUGCUGGAUUUUGUGCUUAUAAAGUGUGACUGGCAAAAAUAGUAUCAAACAUCUACAAACAUGGUUCCUGUCGCGCGCCCUCAAGAUUGUCCAUUUUUAUCAGAUAUAUACUCAUCCUGUCUUUUCACCUCUGAAAGGAGUAAAAAAAAAAUGUUCUACACCGCAAGAGGUCGCCAUUUGUUUGCUGUCCAAACUCAAGCUUUUAUUAUCGGUUUUUUUUUUAUCGCAAUAGACCUAAACUCGAUGGCAACAAAAUAUAAAACUUAUAUUUCGCAUGGUCUCAUGCCACUGAAUAAUGAACCAAGUGAAAUUCGCUGAUAUCCUUUCGUCGAUACAGUGCUUAAUUUCUUUGGUUGCUGUAUAGUUUUAUUUUGUGAAUCACUGUCGUCAUUUUACGAAUUAAAAUUAUCAUCAUUAGUAUGUUUUGAAAGCUG